AUGGUUCAGAAAUUCGUCAUACUUCUUGCCAUUGGGCUUGCCUUCACUGUCUCUGCAAGUUUUGAAGGAAGGUCGGGUGAAGCCACUGUGAUUCAGGUAGAAGAACAUACUGGAAACGGCCCGCCGCAUCAUCCGGAACUGCCACCACGCUCUGGAAUUAUCACCGGUUCUUCUCGUCCAACCAUCAUACUCGAUCCCGAGCCCUCUUUCGUUCCUUCUCAAGUAUCCCAGAGUAGUGUUAGACCAUCGGCCUUAACUCAACCACUAGCCCCUCCACAGCGUAUCAUUGUCCAUCAACCACCUGCACCCCAGGGGGUUCCAAUUGGUGUACGUCCUUUCAAUCACCAGCAAGGUGCUGGUCCUUUGGCCGUUCAUCCUCAACCACCGCCGGCAACUCAGGCUGGUGUAGGGGUUCCUGUCAAUUACCAGCCGGCUGCUGGUCUUACCGCCGGUCACUCCCAAACGUCUUCGCCGGCACCAACUGGUGCACGUCCUGUCAAUUACCACCAACUGUCCGCUGGAUCCUCCGCCGGUCAACCGCGCCUCAUGACACCAGCUGGUGUACGUCCUAUCAAUUAUCAGCAGAGCACUGUCCUUUCAGUUGUUCACUCCCAAGUGCCACCGGCUGUUCGAACCUGGCAUGCCCCAAGCCGUCAAACAGGUCCUGCCAGUUACCAACAACAGGGCGCUGGGCAUUGCGCUGUUCACUCCCAAGCCUUGUCGGGUACUUCAGUCGGUCAAGCUUCGCCUGUCCCCAACUAUCCGCAGCCGGUCGCAGGUCGCCCAGAUGUUCCUCUCCAAGGAAACCCGAUGACCUCUUCUCGCGUAGUCCCACCCGCCCCUACUACUAAUGAAGCCCGGCCUGUUGAGUAUAUCCAAAUUGACGACACUCCAAGUGACCCAGGUCCACCUCUCCAAGCCUCACAGCCUGCUCAUGAGCCUGAUCCCUCAACCCAACCAUCAUCUAGCGCACCACCUGGUAAAGAGUUUUCACUUUUAUUUGGAAUUCCUUACCCUUCGCUUGAGUGCUUCGUAAAAACUCAUCCUGCUCCCUCCAUUCCCAUCAAUUUCGUCAUUUCCUCUGGCGCCUGUUUCAAAUUCAGCCCGCAAACCAGUCUAUCGGCAGCAGAGAUCUUCCCGCCCAGCGGUUCCUGUUUCCCAUUUCCCUCAUUCAGAAAACGUAAGAAACCCGCCUAA